AGCGCUGACACUCCGGAGCAGCUGUGCCUGGAGCCUUCUGGAGCCCCAGCCCCUCCCUCAGAGGAGCCCAGAGCAGGAGGCAGACGCCAUGGAGGCCCCCUCAGCCCAUGGACACAGAGGGCGAGUCCCCUGGACGGGGAUCCUGCUGGCAGCCUCACUCUUAGCCUUCUGGAUCCCGCCCGGCGCUGCCCAGCUCACUAUUGAACCAGAGCCCGUCAAUGCCAUCGAGGGGGGGAACGUGACUCUGCAUGUCCGCGGUCUGCUAAAGGAGGUUGGAAUUUUUAAGUGGUACAAAGGAGGAAAAGUGGACGGUGAAACACUUAUUAUGUCAUAUAAAGUAGGGUCUCCAGCAGAUGGCACAGGGCCUGCACACAGCGGCCGAGAGACUAUAAACUCCAAUGGAUCCCUGCUGGUCUGGAACGUCACCCAGGAGGACACGGGGCCCUACACCCUACAAAUCACGUAUCGAGAUUUUGAAGAGAGAGAAGUAACUGGACAGCUCCGCGUUUACCCGGAGUUACCUAAACCCUACAUCACAUGCAACAUGACAUGCAACUCUGACCUUGUGGAGCAGCAGGGUCCUGUGGUGUUAACCUGUGAAUCUGAGAGUCAGAACACGACCUACCUGUGGUCCAUCAACAGCCAGAGCCUCCCGGACAGCGACAGGCUGCAGCUGUCCAACGACAACAGGACCCUCACAUUACUCCAGGUCACAAGGAAUGACACAGGGCCCUAUGUGUGUGAGACCCGAAACCCAGUGAGCGCCCGCCGCAGCGACCCUUUCACCCUGAAUGUUCUCUAUGGCCCGGACACCCCCACCAUCUUCCCCUCAGAAUCCUUUUACCACCCCGGGGACGUUCUCAACCUCACCUGCUACGCAGACUCUAACCCGCCCGCGCAGUAUUCCUGGCUGGUCAACGGGAGGCCCCAGCACCCCACACAGGCGCUCUUUAUCCCCAACAUCACCAUGAGUGACAGUGGCGCCUACACCUGCCAGGCCCACAACAACGCCACAGGCCUCAACAGCACCACAGUCAAGAAUAUCACGGUCUCCGAGUCAGUGGCCCAGCCCUCCAUCCGAGCCAGCAACAGCACAGUCAAUGAAAAGGACGAGGUGAACCUGAUCUGCAUCACAAGAGACUCUGGGGUCACCAUCCUGUGGCUCUUCAAUAACCAAAUAAUGAAGCUCACAAACCACAUGGCACUGUCCAAGGACAACCGCACCCUCACCAUCAACCCUGUCAGGAGGGAGGAUGCCGGGGAGUAUCAGUGUGAGGCCUCCAACCCAGCCAGUUCCAGAAGAAGUGACCCCUUCACCUUGAAAGUGCUCUCUGCAGGUGAAGAGCCUGGGUCUUCUGGCCUCCCACCUGGGGCUAUCGCCGGCAUCGUGAUCGGAGUCGUGACUGCAGUAGCUCUGCUAGGAAGCCUGGGCUGCUUUCUGCACCGCAGGAGGACUGCAGGGACAAUCGACCAACGCGAUCUCACAGAAAACAAACUCUCAACCUCCAGUCACAGUCAGGGUCAUUCUGACAACUUAACUAACAAGACAGAUGAAGUUGCAUAUUCUUCUCUGACCUUCAAUGCCCAGGGACCAAAGAAACCAGCUUCAUCCGACCCAUCACCAACAGCCACAGACACGGUUUAUACAGAAGUAAAAAAGAAGUAAUGCAAAGGUCCUGCUCACUGCACGGCUGAUUUGUUCCAAGUUUCUCAUCCUGGACUGGAGGAGAUCCCUUUACCCUCAGGGAAAAGGAGAGGAAGCCUCUCUCCUCUCACCCUCUCCUUUCCCUAAAGUGGCACCUCUAGGCUGCCUGGUCAGUACCUCUCUUCAGUGUCAGCAGGUGAAAGGGAACCUCCUGGAGUCUGCAGGAAACCCAGCGCCCUCCUCAAUGAAAUUUGGCAAAACAAAUUUUGGGAGACAGUGGCCAGAACCUCCUGCGCCUCCCCUCCCCAGACCCAGACUUGUUUUAAAGGUCCCUAUGCAGAGCACACUCAUUCCUUCCCACCUGGUUCUGUGUUCUGAGGGGAACCUGAAUUUGCCAUAACCUGGAGAGUUCUGACACCCAUGUGCCUUAAAAGAAGAGAAAGAAAAAGUAAAACUCAAAGCGCUCUCUCUCCAACACCCAGUAUGAACCUAUCUUAUACAGGAAAGCAAAUAAUAACCAAACUUGCGGUGGAAAUUCUCCACCUUUAUCACUGUCAGUGUUGUUUACCCGCAGGAACCGCAUCUGGGCAUCUUGCUGCUUAGUUAAAUACCCACUAGAAAUAACUGUGAAAACAGUUUGCCAAGGUACACAGGCGAUUCCUAGUGGGAAAAGCACAUGUGUUUUGGUAAGGUUGUGGGCUUUACUCAGAAAUGCCCACAGAGGGUGAGGUUCAACUCCAGGUGGCAAUGGCUCUUUAUAGAGGCCAUUGCUGGGAGAUUGGGGAAGGAAUUUUGCAUACUAUCCUUCACAGAUGAUUUCAGUUAAAGAAUGCCUAUUUUAGGGUGUUGAGGGUUUUUCUGAGACAUUCUGCCAUUUCAAAGUUUGUAGCUGCUUAUUUAUACAAAGCUGGUUAUGUUUACUUAGCCAUCUAAGCCAGUCUUGAAUGCGAAAGAAGCCACCCAAGCUGCACAGGUCCCCAUGACCAGAAACUCCUCCAAGCUUUUUUAUCAGGGGCUACAAAUAAAAAGGAAGAAGCAGCUUUCCUCACUCAUGGUUAGAAAUAGGUCUAGCUCGGCUUCCGAGCACCCCAGCCCCAUACUCAACCACUAUGCUGUUCCACACUUCUGCCUGUGAAGUGUGUCUACUCACCCACCUUCUCAGGAGACCUUUGCUCUGCUGAGGUGUGUGAAGUGAGAACACAAGAGUGUCUCUCAGGUUACUGGCAUGUGGAACCUAGAAAGCUGCACUGGAACUGAUGAUCUUUAGGACAUUAGGACAAAGAGAAGGUGCCAGAAAACAAGGGGAGAAUUUUAACUGGAUCAUAGGUUUCCUGGACAGCAGCUGAAAUAUGCUUUUGCCCAUGGGGUCGAUGAGUCGCAGUGUAGCAGGACACAAGAGGGUAGGAGGAGAGACAAAUGCCUUUCCCACCCAACCUCCUCCAUCUCCUUCCACACAGAUGGGGUCUCCUUGGGACUGGCCAGAAAGGCUCUAUUCUGUAUUAAUUACAUGAAAGAGGGUUAAUUGUGAGCUCUCUGUACUCAGAUGCCUCCUGAGUACAGAAAGAGGGUUAAUUGUGAGCUCUCUGUACUCAGGUGCCUCCUUAAGGGUUUUCUAACCCUGAUCCAGACUGUCUACACUUCUCUCAUCUACGCUAUUCGGUGUUAUUUAACUUCGCCUGACUGAGGCUAUUCCUGGUCAAUGUGUAAAAUGUACGCCAUAUUUAUAAUAAAAAUCAUGUAU